CUUCUAUCGUGAUCACGAGAACAUCCACAUUGAUCAGCAACGUUCAGAUUCCAUUAUCCUCAUGAAGUUCCUAGGUCGAGCAUAUGGAGCUCAUCUUUGACUCACAAGCAGAGCUGAAUUCAUCAUUCAAGUUGAUCCGAACUUCACCUGACUACCGAAUCAUAACAAGGUAAAAGAGAACAUGCCGUCGAGGACUUCACUUCCCUGGCACGUGCCCACGUGUCAGCACGUGGGAACCCAUCCAAUGGAAAUCACUACAUUUUCACUCUCCCCCCACACCUCUCCUCUCCUCUGCUCUCCUCCCCCCUUUCAAAAACAAAAAAUCUAGAAUUUAACAACCGCCCAGGUCGGCUGACAUAGAAAAGCUGUAAAGCCCCCAUCCUCCUUUUGCCACGUGUCUCUCUAACACUCGGUGAGUGAGGAGAAGAUAUAAAGAAACGGCGGCCGUCCUUUAGCCACAAAAGCAAAGGAAACACUUCCUUGCACUAAGUGCCAACCAUAUAAAAUUAUGCUCCACUUCCCUUCAAACCUUCCUAUUCACCAAACUUUGUUCGCAUUCAUAUAAAUAUUGUUCUCAUAUAAUACUUAUACAUUUAUAGCAAAGACCCACCUAAGCUCCAAUCAAGCAACUUGUUCUUAGCACUUGCCCUUCCCACCUCCACCUUCCCCCCCCCAAAUGAUGAGCUGGACCAGGGGUCAGCCCAUUGGCCGAGGCUCAACCGCAGUUGUAUCGACCGCUACGGCUCACGAGUCAAAUGAAGUGUUUGCCGUCAAGUCUGCAGAGCUCGCUAGGUCCGAAUUCCUCGUCAAGGAGCAGAUGAUCAUGGCUUGCAUGAAUUGCCCUCAAAUUGUGUCCUACAAGGGAUGGGACAUCAGCUGCGAGGGAGGGACGACGCCCAUGUACAACCUCUGGAUGGAGUAUGCGCCACAUGGCACGGUUGCAGAUGCGGUUCGCCUUAGGGGCGGGUCUCUUCACGAAGAUGAGAUACGAUCCUAUGCACACCAGAUUCUGCUCGGCUUGGAUUACCUGCAUUCCAUGGGAAUAGUACAUUGUGACAUUAAAGGCCAAAACAUCCUGUUGACUGACCAGGGGGCCAAGAUUGCCGACUUCGGGUGUGCCAAGUGGGCUGAAAAGAAGGCAGCCCCAGCUGCCGGCACGCCGUUGUUCUUGGCCCCAGAGGUAGCACGAUGGGAGCAGCAGGGAUUCCCGGCUGAUGUGUGGGCGGUCGGAUGCACAGUCAUCGAGAUGGCCACGGGCAGGGUUGCCUGGCCUGAUGUAACUGAUCCGGUCUCGGUCCUUUACCGGAUAGGAUUCUCGAAUGAUGUUCCAGAGAUUCCGGAAAUCAUGUCCAAGCAAGGUAAGGACUUCUUGAGCAAGUGCCUCAGGAGAGAUCCCUUAGAGAGGUGGACAGUGCAGGAGCUUCUCAAACAUCCUUUCUUCGAGGAAUCUGUUUCUGUUUCUGUUUUGAAGAGACCUGGUCAUCCCUAUGAUAAUUCUCCGACAAGCGUGCUUCAUCAAGGGAUUUGGUUUGAAUCAGAAACAGAGGAGGCAAAGCCGAAUGUUCCAGGCGAGUUUGCAGGAAGUUCUGCGGAUUCUCCCAUAGAGAGGAUCAAGAAAUUGAGUAAAGUCAGUGGAUAUAACGAGAUGCUCGGAUGGGAAUUGGAUGAGAAUUGGGUCACUGUGAGAGGCAGCAGCGACAGUGGAUCAUUGAGCAUGGAUGAGCCAACAAUGGCGAGUUCGGAGACGACGACUUCACAUUGUCGGAACUGUGGCUUGCUUGAUUCAAUCGAAUCUGCUCAAAUUUCUAGCGGAAGAGAGAGUAACAACACUACCAUCAACAACCAUAGCAGCAGCAGUACCAGCAGCUAUGAUAGAAAAGAUUUAACUGUGGCAUCGAGACGUAAAUUCAAUGUCCAAUGUGUGCUUGUCUUGUUGAACCUGAUCAUUGGCAAAACGAAAUUGAAUGAUUCUUUAAUGUUUCAACCCUUCUUUGUUGGUAUAAUAAUUCACCCUCUGUUCUCUUUGGGUUUGAUUAGCUUCGAUCACAAUUUGGAUCCCUUCCGAGGCCUAUCCGAGGCCCAUGCAUAG